AUUGGAGUAUGUAUAACAAAUUGGCAGUGGCAUCUACCGUUGCUGUGGCGAGCUCGUUCCCGUUGUUCGUUCGGUUCGCUAGAACGGCAAGGAAGAUGCAAAAUUCCUUUUGAUUUCCUCUCCCACUAACGCUUUUCUAGGUGAUGUCGCUAAUUAACAUCGGACCUAGUGACGAUCCAGCAUAUCGUUACAAGAUGCCAAAGCUCCAGUCCAAGACGGAGGGACGUGGUAACGGUAUCAAGACAAUUCUGAUAAAUGCAAAAGAAGUUGCGGAGGCCUUGAAUCGACCUGCUUCUUAUCUUCCAAAGUUCUUUGGAUAUGAGCUGGGAGCGCAGUCGAAAUACGACCAAAAAGAAGAAAAAGCCUCUGUAAAUGGAGAUCAUCCGAACGCCGACUUGCUAAAGAUCCUGAACAAGUUCAUCGAGAUCUACGUUCUGUGUCCUUGCUGCGGCCUUCCCGAAACGGUUCUGGUGUUGAAGCACAAGAAGGAUUUGUACCACCGCUGCCAUGCUUGCGGAAGCGAGUCCGUAAUUCCCAGCGAAAACAAAAUGAACAAGUUCAUCAUAAACGACAUCAGCAAGCCGAAGUCGAAAUCGAAAUCGAAGUCUCCGCGCGACGAGGAAGCGGAGCCGCGCAAGCACAAGCACAAGUCGAAGCCCUCGCACGACGAGGAGCGCAAGCACAAGCAUAAGCAUCGCGAGAAAUCCUCGACCUCUUCGUUCUUGGAGUGCGCGUCCCGCAUCGCGGAGACCAUCACCGAGGCCACCACGGCCGAGCAGCUCAUCGAGACGGUGCAGAACGUGCAGAACGCGAGCUCGUUCAAGCUGCCCGAGCGCGCUCCGCUGGCGCUCUACGCGAUCUGCAUGAACGUGCCCGACUACGCGGCGAUCCCUGCGGUGCUGGAGCGAUUCGGCGGCGUGGUGCGCAGCGUAGCGUCGUGCGGGAGGGGUGAGGCCUAG